AUGCCCGUACUUCUUUCUCUCCCGCUCCUCGUCUUUUUGCCUCUUCCUGUGCUCGCUCAGGAUAUCCAAUACACCUUGCAACAUAAUGUGACGACCAUCUACGGAACAUGGUCAUCCGGUAGUCAGAAUGUCGUCACUGGCGCUGGAUUCGCGCAACCGGCCAACAUGUCCUUCAUCUAUCCCAAAACGACAGGAAUGUCGUAUUCCUUCACCAGCGACGGUUACUACGAAAUUGCGCGUUACCGGAUGAAUGGAAAUGGCACAUCCCCAAACUGUAUCACUGGCGUAAUGAACUGGUGUCACGGGACCUACGAGCUCGUUUCUAAUGGGUCGAUCACCAUGACCCCAUUCGGGGAUGGAUAUCAACAAAUUCAAGAUCCCUGUGCAGCGAUCUCCAACUUCAUGGAAACCUACAACGAUACGGAGUUAUAUGUCCAGUGGUCGAUUUAUCAAGAUCCGACGUUGGGGUAUAUGUUACAGCUUUAUCAGUUCGAUGGGUCACCACUUCCACCUAUGGCCCAACUAUCAACUUCGCCGAAUAUGUUACCGACGCAGGCGUUGAGGAACGUGUCGGCUGCUAGUACGGCGACAAAGAAGAGAAGUUUGGAACAAGGGGAAAUACUAGUCGAGAGAUCGAAUUCCGGUGAGCCGCGGAGAUUAGGUGGUGGUGGAAGUGGCGUAUGGCUGAGUGGGUUGGUGGUGUUCGUGUGGAGCAUCGGUCUUGGGUCAGCGUUCAUGUGA